CUCGCUGAACCGUGCCGCCCCCCACCCCCUUGGGCGUUGAGGCAAUGUAUCGCCGUCCGCCGAGCAAGGGUCUCUCUCUCGCUCCCAAUGCGUCCCCCCUCGCCAUACCGCGUCGCUCAUUAGGCGUUGAGGCAACGUAUAGCCGUCCGCCGAGCGACGAUGUGCUGCGACCUUCGCCCCUCUCCCCGUAUGCGGUUUCCCUCUCAUACCGACGUCGCCCCCCACCCCCUUGGGCGUUGAGGCAACGUAUCGCCGUCCGGCGAGCGAGGCUAAGCGCUCCCUUGUCGAGGAGCGACCGCCUUUUCGGACCUUUUCUCAGUGUCCUCUCUUCCCUCGUGCCGUGCGACGUGCCCGGCGACGCUUGAGGCGUCCUGCGCACCCACGCGCACCCCAUCCAUUCUCGUCUCCAACUUGAACAUGUCGCGCGUGCGCCCUCGGAGCCGACAUCACGUGCGAUGUUCGACUUUUGUGCGCUCGUUUUGGCUGACGAUUGCUAGUGCAUCUCCCUUCCGUAUCGUCGUCGGUUCAGGGCGUUCAUCUUGCG